GUAAAUGUCCAAUUAGCCCCCUUUACGCCAUACCAGAUCCAAAGUAAAGUCCCAAGUCUCUCUCCUCUAAAACAACUACCACAGUGAUCAAAUCAAAUUACUGCUCUCGAAGAAGACGACUCCACCAACAAUGGUGGCUCCCAAGAACUCCUCUCCUCUCCCCAAAUCUGGCGCAGUUUCCAAGGGCUACAACUUCGCUUCCACUUGGGAACAGAAUGCUCCAUUGACAGAGCAGCAACAAUCCGCAAUCGUUGCAUUGUCUCAUGCUGUUGCCGAGCGUCCUUUUCCUCCCAAUUUGGCGCAAGACCGAGUACCGGGGCAGGGACAUGGUUUAUCUGUUAGUACGCCGGACAGUGUUGCUGAUAACUCUGCUGCUAUUGAGGCUGUUUUGGUUAACACAAAUCAGUUUUAUAAAUGGUUCACAGACCUUGAAGCUGCCAUGAAGUCAGAGACAGAGGAAAAGUACAGACAUUAUGUAGAUACUCUGAUACAGCGUAUUCAAACUUGUGAUGAUAUACUUCGCCAGGUGGAUGAUACCCUUGAAUUGUUUAAUGAGCUACAAUAUCAACAUCAAGCAGUGGCAACUAAGACUAAAACCCUUCACGAUGCAUGUGAUAGAUUGCUAAUUGAAAAGCAGAGAUUGAUUGAAUUUGCGGAUGCUCUUCGGAGUAAGCUUAGUUACUUUGAUGAAUUGGAGAAUAUUUCAACAAGCUUCUAUUCCCCUAGCAUGAAUGUUGGAAAUCGAGACUUUCUUCCUUUGCUGAAGCGGCUGGAUGAAUGCAUAUCGUACGUUGAGAGCAAUCCCCAAUAUGCAGAGUCUAGUGUGUACUUGGUCAAAUUCCGACAGCUCCAGUCACGAGCCUUGAAUGCGAUAAGGUCUCAUGUCCAGUCAGUCCUCAAAAAUGCAUCAUCUCAGGUUCAUGAAGCAAUAAGGAAUAUUGGUGGCAGUAAACCAGCAUUUUCUGAAGGCGUAGAGGCAUCUGUUAUAUAUGUCCGUUUCAAGGCUGCUGCAAGUGAGCUCAAGCUUGUGCUUGAAGAAAUCGAAAGCAGAUCAUCACGGAAAGAGUACUCCCAGCUCCUUAUCGAAUGCCACAAGGUGUACAGCGAGCAGCGGCUUUCAUUGCUAAAAGGCAUUGUGCAGCAGCGAAUAUCUGACUUUUCUAAGAAAGAGGCAUUGCCAUCAUUGACUCGGUCUGGGUGUGCAUACUUGGCACAGGUUUAUCAGCUUGAACACCAAUUAUUUAGUCAUUUUUUCCCAGCUUCUUCAGAGGAUGUUGCAAGUUUGGCUCCUUUGAUAGAUCCUUUGUGCACUUACUUGUAUGAUACUCUACGCCCAAAGUUUAUUCAUGAAACAAAUAUCGAUUUUCUCUGUGAACUUGUUGAUGUACUGAAAGUCGAGGUCCUUGGAGAGCAGCUCAGUAGACGGAGUGAAUCAUUAGCUGGUCUGCGGCCAACUUUCGAAAGAAUUUUGGCCGAUGUACAUGAGCGACUAACAUUUCGUGCUCGGACUCAUAUCCGCGAUGAAAUAGCAAAUUAUUACCCUCUCAAUGAAGACUUGGAUUACCCUGCAAAACUGGAACAAGCUUCUGAGGUUAAAGAGGAAGCUCAAACUAGUGAAGAGAAUCAAGAUGUCUUCAAAUCCUGGUACCCGCCCUUGGAAAAAACUCUCUCACUGCUGUCAAAGCUUUAUCGAUGUUUAGAACCAGGCGUUUUCACUGGUCUAGCUCAGGAAACAGUGGAAGUCUGCUCCUUGUCCAUUCAAAAAGCAAGUAAACUCAUAUCACAGAGGUCGUCACCAAUGGAUGGGCAACUUUUUUUGAUAAAGCAUCUUCUAAUUUUAAGAGAGCAGAUUGCGCCUUUUGAUAUUGAAUUUUCAGUCACACAUAAGGAGCUUGAUUUUUCUCAUUUGCUGGACCAUCUUCGACGACUUCUCGGAGGGCAAGCCUCUCUGUUUGAUUGGUCAAGAUCAUCAUCUUUGGCUAGAACUUUUUCUCCUCGGGUUCUGGAAAGUCAAGUAGAUGCUAAGAAGGAUUUGGAGAAAAUUCUUAAAGCCACUUGUGAAGAAUUUAUAAUGUCGGUGACAAAGCUUAUAGUGGAUCCAUUGCUUUCAUUUGUGGCCAAGGUCACAGCUGUGAAAGCCACAAUAUCUUCAGGCAGUCAAAAUCAAAAACUCGAGACUGUCAGGGCAAAACCUCUUAAGGAGCAAGCUUUUGCAACUCCAGAGAAGGUGUCUGAAUUACUUCAGAAGGUUACCUCUACAAUACAGCAAGAGCUACCAAGUGUGAUAGGGAAGAUGAAGUUGUAUCUCCUGAAUCCAUCAACAAGGACAAUAUUAUUCAAGCCAAUAAAGACAAAUAUUUUGGAAGCUCAUACCCAAGUGCAAUCACUUGUAAAAUCAGAAUACUCAGCAGAAGAGAUAGAGAGCAUCAAUGUGAUAUCUAUAGAGGAUUUACUGGCGCAACUUGAUAGCCUACUCUAGAUUUGGCAGAAGCACGUAUGAAGCAAAGCCAUUUACUUCAAGUGUUAGGAAUUGUUCAUAUUAAAUCUAUACAAGAAACUAUAUUCACAAGAGUGAUGAUUCAUUUGCUCAGAGAUAGUAUACGUAUUUAGAAUUCAACUAUAGGUUUGUAGAUGUUUUUAACUUCUCAUGAUAUGUUUUUCCUUUGUAUUAUUCAUUAGUUAUACCAACAACACAAUUUUCGCAAGCCCCAAAUUCUUUUUAUUGGAUCUUAAGUUUCAUUGUACGAGUAAUUUUUUUUUAAAGAAGUGUUCAUUGUAAUUAAUUUUGAAUAACCAAUUUUGAAAAGCCAAA